UCCGGACUAAAAGUGCCGUGCUUAAUCUUACUGGCACAGACUGACAUAUAAUGAAUAUAUACGUGAAACUACACGCAGACUCAUUUGUGCUUAUAAAACACCAAACUUUGCAUUGUCUCCGAAUUCUCAAAACCCAUGAUUGACCAUGGCGCCCAAAACAUAUCAAGCCUUCAGACGAACCUCGGGCGAUUUCCCGAGGACGAUAGAGCUCUCAUCUGAAGAUCUGCCUGAUGAUCUGGACCCGACCGCGGUCCUAAUCAAGAUCCAUGCCGUAUCGUUGAACUACCGCGAUGUCGGCAUGUUGGUCGGCAACUAUCCCGUCCAGGUUGAGGAACAUGGCAUUUCAGCCUCAGAUUGCGCGGCCGAGGUAGUCAAGAUCGGGUCAGCGGUGAAGUCUUUUGGCAUCGGGGACCGUGUUACCGUCAUUUUUGACACCACCAACUUCACUGGAACCGAAGAUGCGUCAAUGCAAGCUCUCGGUGGAGAUGUUCCCGGGGUGUUACGUGAGUUCGCUGUGUUCGACGAGAAAUUGCUGUUGAGGUUACCCGAGCAUCUUACAUGGGAGGAGGGGUCCGUCCUCUCUUGUGCGGCGCUCACCGCUUGGACAGCGCUCAAUGCGCCGGCCUCCAUAGGCGUAGCCCGCAGUGCACUUCUACAAGGUACCGGAGGUGUCAGCAUGUGCGCGCUGCUAAUUUGUCUCGCCGCGGGAAUCCAACCAAUAAUCACGUCAUCGUCCGAUCAGAAACUGGACAACAUCAAAAGGUUAAACCCCGAGAUCCGUGGCAUCAACUACAAAACCACUCCCGAUGUUGCUGCCGAAGUAGCCCGCAUCACAGAUGGCAAGGGUGUUGACAUCGUGGUCAACAACACCGGGCCGGCAUCGAUCCUCACAGACAUCAGCAUGUUACGCGCAAGAGGCGGCGUUGUGUCGCUCGUGGGAUUCCUUGAGGGGUUGGCGGCCGAUUGGAACCCUGCUGCAUUGCUGGGUUUGAUGUCGAAAAGGGCUUCCCUGAAGGGUAUCGCUGUAGGUUCGAAAGCAGAUUUCUUGCGUAUGAAUGAGUUUCUACAAGAGAAACAGGUCCGGUUCUCCAGUACGAUUGACCGGGUCUUUCCGUUCCUUGAGUCCAAGGAUGCUUUUGAUCUUUUGUUGUCGGGAGGACAUGUCGGAAAAGUUGUUAUCAAGAUAGGGGAUUCUUGAGCUCUACAAUCGUACUUUAGCUUAGUUCUUGUGAAAUAAAUGAGAUUGACUAAG